CAUUGGUAUAUCAGAUCAAAGUUGGUGUACAGAGAAGGACUUUCUUUUGCCGGGGGUCUGGGUACCGUCUGGUCUGUUGUCCUUUCAAUUUCAUGCUUCAGUUUUCCCCGACUCUCCGCCGAAACCGGUCUACCAGUCAAAACCGCUGGAAAUGCCCACCUGGGAAAUGCACUUUGGUAUCCUCCUGGACACGGUGAUGUCUACCGCAGCUUUGACAAGUCAGGGCUAUUGGAAAAGUUUAUGCAAGAGGGCAAGACUUGGGUGUUUAUAUCCAACAUUGAUAACCUUGGGGCUGUUGUUGAUACAGCAAUCCUGAACUAUUUGGAAAAUUCGGUCGGCGAGGACGAGGACGAAGGUUGUGACUUUCUGAUGGAAGUCACACCGAAAACUCCGUCAGACAUCAAAGGUGGAACCCUUGUCAAAUGUGGUCACAAACUGCGUUUGUUGGAGCUUGCGCAGGUUCCCGACAAGUACAUUGAAGACUUCACUAGUGUACGUAAAUUCAAAUUUUUCAACACAAACAACCUGUGGAUAAACUUGAAUGCGAUGGCCAAACUGUUACUGGAAGACCGCAUUUCCAUGGAACUGAUCGUCAAUCCGAAAACCAUUAACAAAUCAAUUCCAGUCAUACAACUGGAAGAGGCUGCCGGUGCAGCUAUUCGCAAUUUUGACAAACCGCGCGGUCUAACUGUGCCGCGUCAUCGAUUUUUACCGGUAAAGUUGACAUCCGACUUGCUACUGGUCAUGUCAAACCUGUAUGUCCUAGAAAAAGGUCGAAUUAUUCCGUCUCCGAUGCGAAAUUUCCCAACUCUGCCACUGGUCAAACUUGGACGACAUUUUGUCAGUAUCAAAGAUUUUCGUGAAAGACUAAAGAGUAUUCCGGAUAUGCUGGAACUGGAUCAUCUCACUGUUUCCGGCGAUGUACAUUUUGACAAAAAUGUUACACUAAAAGUAAGUUGUGUAAUAGUAUGGAAAUCUCACCAAGCAUGA